AAGAGGAUGAUCUGAGGGACUUACUGAAGGAAUUCGGCAAGGACGGCACAAACAACAAGAAGUCGUACAUGGCGAGCGACGAGGAAGACUCAGAGGGAGAUGGAGAUUCCAUGGAUGAAGUCGAUGACCAAGAUUCGGCCGCAGGAGGGAGUCCGCGCGAGGAUGAAGAAGCCGAACAGGAGGAUGAGCCCUCGGUGGGAACAGACGAUGACUCCGAGGAUGAGCAGCUUGGCGUAGUUCCGUCGCCACGCAAGGAUGAGAGGAAAAAAGAAUCAGUUCGGGCCAAGAAUGGAAGCGAACAUGUUCAAGAGACCGGAGUGCGAGACAACACUUCGGAUGAGGAGGAUGACAGUGCAGACGACCAGGAGGAGGGUGACACGAAUUACAUUUCCCAUUUAGAAUGGGAGCCAGACGAUCGGGACUUUCCCCCGGAGCCUUAUGUCUUGCAAUCGAGUCCACCUCAGCAGUGGCCGCAUCUGGGUCUAAUCAAGAUUCAAGAGCCUCCGAAAAUCGCUGCGAAAACUCCCAGCAUUCAUUUGAAAUCUACCGGAAAGGUCGUCUUAAAGAAGCUCAUCGCCGACAAUCUUGAACGAGUUCUCAAGACGCAGCAAAGCUUUGAAAAAGAUGACACUCGGUCUAAAUCGAAGCUCGAUCCCUUCGAAGAAUCAAUUCUCAACAUCCUCAAUUCGUACAGAGACUUCUACUAUCCCGAGCACACGUGGGAGAGAGCUGAAUCACUCCGUCUGUGCUAUACCUUGCAUUGUAUGAAUCACAUUUUGCGAAGCAGAGCGCGUAGCGUGAAGCACAGCACGAAGAUCAAGAAAUCAAAUAGCUCUUUGGAGUUCCAGGAUCAAGGUCUGACCCGGGUCAAAGCGCUCAUCAUCCUACCUUUCAAGAACUCGGCGUAUCGAGUCAUAAAGCUCAUCCUAGAAAUGGUGAAGGAGACAAAAUCCAAGGUCAUCAAUGAAGAUCGCUUCGACCAAGAGUUCAGACCCCCCGAUGAGGAUAUUCAAGGCAAAAAACCCGACGAUUAUUACAAGUUCUUCGAGGGAGACACAGACGACAUGUUCCGGAUUGGACUGCGUUUCACCAAACGACGGGUGCAACUUUACGCUAGUUUCUAUUCGGCCGACUUGGUUAUCGCGUCGCCAGUGGGCCUCCGAGCGAUCAUCGGUGCGGAAGGUGACGAGAAACGUGAUUUCGAUUUCUUGUCAUCGAUCGAGAUCGUCGUAUUGGAUCAGACCGAUGUUUUCUUCAUGCAAAACUGGGAGCAUGUGAUUCAUAUCUUCAAGCAUUUGCACGCAAAACCGAAGGAGUCGCAUGGUGUGGAUUUUUCUCGCGUUCGUACAUGGUGCGUCAGCGAUUGGGGGAAAUAUUUUCGACAGAACAUCGUCCUAUCGCGAUUCCAGAACCCUCAAAUCAACGCCUUGCUCAAACGCUACAAUUUCAAUUAUCGAGGCCUGGUAUCAGCUUGUAACCCGGUUGAAGAUCCGUCGAUAGCUCAGGUUGUAGUUCACGUACCGCAGAUAUUCAGAGCCUUCGAACCGAGAAGUGCCGCCGACGUCAGCAAUAGAAGAUUCGAGUUUUUCACUGAAGAAAUCCUGCCGCAGUUGAUGAAGGACAACCUGGUCUCUCACUGUAUGAUUUACGUUCGACAAUACUUCGAUUUCGUUCGACUGAGAAACUUCAUGAGGGAUCUCGCAGAGCAAGAUGCUGGCUUCAAGUUUUGUCAGAUCAGCGAGUAUACGGAGGACGGCAGGGUAGCUCAGGCUCGGUCAAUGUUCUUCCAUGGUAAGCGGAAGUUCCUUCUAUACUCAGAGCGAUUCCAUUUUUUUCACCGAUAUACAAUCAAAGGAGUUCGACACGUGGUUUUUUACGAGUUGCCUACGUACCCUCAUUUCUAUUCGGAGAUACUGAAUAUGCUCUCGACCACAAAUCAAUACAAGCUCGCCAGCGGGAUGGAGAGUACUUUCACGGCUACUAGUCUAUAUUGUAAAUAUGACGUUUUAACGCUCAAGCCGAUCUUGGGUGAACGGAGGACUGCCACGGUGGUACAAAAGGUGGAUAAGAAGAACCACCUUUUUACCAGAGAUUAGUUGACCUUCAUUGUACAUUAAAGUUCUU